GACGAAGAUACCGGACGUCCUCUCCCUCCACUGCAUCGACAACCUGGACACAGUGGCCAUCACCAUCUACGUCGUGGCAACCCCAACAACCUACGUGGACUUGGCCGCCAACGCCACCAGCAUGGACCACGCCUACUCAUACAACGCAGCCUACGCCCACACCGACUCCGAUG